AAAUUAGAAGUUCCCUUAGCUUAUCUAUCUCCCUCAGCUCCUAAGAAAACUCUAUAAAUAGCAUGCAUGAUGUUCUCACUUUCCUCACUUCAAUCGCAACCUGAAAAGCUAAGAAAUGUCUUCUAUGCACACAUCACUAAUACUUCUUCUAAUGGUUGGAGUGGUGGCUCUAACCACCACUCCAACACUUGUGUUGGGUAAUUACUACGAGCCACCACCACUUGGGAACCCACCCACCUAUGAACCACCACCAAUCUAUAAGCCUCCAAUCUGGCCUCCACCGUUCCACAAUAAGCCUCCCUUUUAUCCACCUCCUCAUCAUGAGAAGCCGCCACCAGAACACGAGCCACCCUAUGAGAAGCCACCACCGGAGCAUGAGCCACCUCCUUAUGAGAAACCGCCACCAGAACACGAGCCACCACCUUAUGAGGAACCACCUCACGAGAAGCCACCACCGGAACACGAGCCACCUUAUGAGAAGCCACCACCGGAACACGAGCCACCUUAUGAGAAGCCACCACCAGAACACGAGCCACCUUAUGAGAAGCCACCACCAGAACACGAGCCACCUUAUUAUGAGCCACCUUAUGAAAAACCACCGCAUGAGAAGCCACCACAUCAUGAGAAGCCACCACAUCAUGAAAAACCACCUCACCAUGAGAAGCCACCCCACCAUGAGAAACCACCAUACGAGAAGCCACCCCACGAAAAGCCUCCACCGGAAUACCAGCCAUCACCACCUUAUGUACCUCCCUAUGUGAAGCCCCCGCCGGUGUAUGAACCUCCCUAUGUGAAGCCCCCGCCGGUGUAUGAACCUCCCUAUGUGAAGCCCCCGCCGGUGUAUGAACCUCCCUAUGUGAAGCCCCCGCCGGUGUAUGAACCUCCCUAUGUGAAGCCCCCGCCGGUGUAUGAACCUCCCUAUGUGAAGCCCCCGCCGGUGUAUGAACCUCCCUAUGUUAAACCACCGCCGGUGUAUGAACCACCCUACGUGAAGCCACCACCAUGGUACAAACCUCCGUUUGAGAAGCCACCGCCGUUGUACAAACCUCCGUUUGAGAAGCCACCGCCAUUAUACAAACCUCCGUUUGAGAAGCCUCCACCAUUGUACAAACCCCCGUUUGAGAAGCCACCCAGCUACAACAGUCCCCCAUCCCCACCACCUUAUGGCCACUAUCCAACAUCCAAAAAUUGAUGGCUUAGCCUAUCAUUUUUGGUCCAGUGAAUGUAUAGGAGCAAUCCUUUCUUCGAGUUUCGUGAUUACCAAGCUGCUCCUUUUGAAUGAAGAUGGAUGUGAAGUACAAAGUGGAAUGUUAGUUGUUGUUGACAAAUAAAGAAAUAAUCUAUCUUGUAUUGAUUACAUUACGUACUGUACUUGCUUUAAUUUCAUGCAUUUUCCAGUUCAGCAAAUGUUGUAACUUGUAAACUUGUAAUGUCAAUUACUGGGUUGCCUCCGCCUCCAAUAAACAUGUCUUAGUGCUUAUUA